AUGGUGUUAAAACGUGUGAGGGUGUGGCUGAUGUUGAUUUCGAUGUUUAUUUCUUUACAAGGAUGGAGGAUGGAGGGGUGUUUGAAGCAAGAAAGAACUGCUCUCUUGCAACUUAAACAUUUCUUCAAUAAUCCUAACCGUCUUCAAGAUUGGGUUGAGGGACAAGGAAAUUCAGACUGCUGUUACUGGAAAAGUGUUUAUUGCAGUUUCACAACGGGCAGAGUGAUCUUUCUUGAUCUUGGCUCUGUAAGAAAUCAGGAAUUAGGGGAGUGGUAUCUAAAUGUUUCUUUAUUUUCUCCCUUCCAAGAAAUGGAGAAACUUAAUUUAAGUUACAAUCUUAUAGCCGGUUGCGUUGAGAAUGAAGGUUUUGAAAGAUUAUCACACUUGAAAAAUUUCGUGGAUCUUGACCUUAGUUACAAUAUGUUGAAUGACAGUCGCAUUUUACCAGUUUCAAGGUUAAGUAACUUGGAGCAUUUGAGCUUAAGCGGUAACAUGUUCAAUAAUAGCAUAUUAUCAUAUGUGGCUACUCUCUCAUCAUUAGAAGGACUAAAUUUGACUGACAUCGGAUUGAAAGGCACUGUUGAUCUUCAAGAAUUGGACUCUUUGAGCAACUUAAAGGAGUUGAACAUGGGCGGAAAUGAGAUUAAAAAAAUUGUAAUCUCCAAAGGUGAAACAAGUUUGAGGAAUUUGAAUAGGCUUUAUCUAAGCAAUAUGAGUAUUAGUGAUGGAAGGAGUCUUUUACAGACAUUGAGCUUAUUCCCAUCCCUAGAGCAUGUUGAAUUCUCCUAUAACAACUUUAGUGAAGCAGUUAAUACUUAUGGGUUGCAUAAUUUUACCAAUGUUGAACAUUUCAGCAUCUAUGAUUCUACUCUCCAUAUAAGGUUUCUUCGAAGCAUUGGAGCAUUUACGUCACUUGACAUUUUGAAUAUGAAUGAUUGUGAAGUCACUGGCGUAUUAACUCAUCAAGAGUUACCUUCGUUCAAGAAUUUGACAACUUUAGAGAUCCAUGACACUGUUUUUCACAACAACUUUCUUCAAAUAUUGGGGGCCAUGACUUCUCUUCAGUCUAUUGUAAUUGAUAUUAUUGACCUCAAUAACACUCUACUUGACCAAGAGUUACCUUUGUUCAAGAAUUUGAUAGCUUUAAAUAUCCAUGGCACUGUUUUUCAUAACAACUUUCUUCAAAUGAUUGGGGCUAUGACUUCCCUUGAGUAUAUUUACAUUACAAGUAGUGACAUCAGCGAGACUCUACUUGACCAAGAGUUACCUUCGUUCAAGAAUUUGACAACUUUAGAGAUCCAUGACACUGUUUUUCACAACAACUUUCUUCAAAUAUUGGGGGCCAUGACUUCUCUUCAGUCUAUUGUAAUUGAUAUUAUUGACCUCAAUAACACUCUACUUGACCAAGGUUAG